ACUUCAUUGUAUAACAAAACACAAAAUUUACUCAAAAGAAAAACAAGUAGAAUGGCAGAAUAUCUUGCGAAUGUGUUUCUGGAAACCCUUCGUGAUUUGGUGGUUGAAGAAACUAAGUUUUUGGUUGGUGUGGGCGCUGAUGUUGAGAAAGUUAAACGAGAUCUGGAAAGCGUACAUGCUUUGCUGAUGAAAGCAGACAGAGAGAGACAUGAUUCUCCAACUCUAAAGACUUACAUUCACCAACUCAAAGAUCUUGCUUUCAAAGCUGAGAAUCUGCUUGAAACGUAUGCAGUUGAAGUUCAAUCCAAAAGAGGGUUGAGGAGCCUCAAGGACAAAUUUCAAAGGUACUUUUGCAUCAUGAGUGAGUGUUACAGUGUCCACGAGGUUGGUAAAGAGGCUCGCGACAUAAUACCUGCCCUGGCCGACCUCACUCACAAGUUAGAGUCGGAGUUGGGGCAAGAUAGCUCAUCUCUUUCGAAGCAGGAAGCUCAGCUGCGUCAGUUGAGAGAGACGUCUGCUCAUGAUAAUGAGCCUCAUUUCGUGGGCAUGGAGGAAGAUAUCGAGACUCUGGUAUCGAAGAUGAAGGAUGGAGAAAGGCAACGAGUGGUGAAGAUAUAUGGGAUGGGUGGUCUCGGAAAAACUACACUUGCCAAAAAGGUGUACAACCACAGAGACCUCCAAUCUUAUGCUCGAGCAUGGGUUUGCAUCACCCAACAGUUGGAACAUAAGUCUUGUUUGGGCAAGAUUUUGAAACAACUUGACAGAGACGUAAACGUUAAUGGCAUGGAAGUUGAUGAAUUGGUGACAGAAAUUCAAGGUUUUUUGAAGGGGAGGAAAUGCAUGGUGGUGAUAGAUGAUAUAUGGGAAGAUGAUCAUUGGGAGAUCAUAAAGAAAGCUCUUCCGGUGAAUUGUAAUGUCAUUCUCACCACUCGUUAUGAGAAUAUUGCUAAUCAACAAUCCGAACCUCACAAGCUGAGAUUUCUGACGAAAGAUGAAGGAUGGGCUUUACUUCAAAAAGUAGCAGCUUUUCCAACAUCUUAUUAUUUUGUACGUAUUGUGAUAGUUGAUGCAGAUUUAAAAUCAUCAAUUGAAGAUAUAGGCAGACAAAUUGUAUCAAAGUGUGAAGGGUUACCACUAUCAAUUUGUGUUAUCGGAGGGAUUCUGCGCCAAAAAAAACACACUUUACUAGAAUGGAGAAGGGUAAAUGAGAACAUGGAAUCAUAUUUGAGGCAUGGAGAAGGUGUUGGAGAAUACACAAGAGUAAAACAUGUAUUGGAGUUGAGCUAUAAUGCCUUACCUUAUUACUUGAAACCAUGCUUCCUCUAUCUAGCAGGUUUCUCUGAGGAUGAAGAGAUUGAAACAGAGACAUUGUAUUUAAUGUGGAUGGCAGAAGGCUUCAUUUCAUACCAAGAUAAAGGACGUAAUGAGACACUAAGAGAUGUGGCUAAGAGAUAUCUAAUUGAACUUGCUAUGAGGUGUAUGGUUCAACUGCAUGAAGUUGAGAAUCUUGAGAUCUACUCUCCACGUGACAAGUUCAACUGCUGUAAGCUUCAUGAUUUAAUGCAUGAUCUCUGCUCUGAAAAGGCUCAAGGUGAAAAGUUUAUGAGGUACACUAAUGCUUCCAAACAUCUGAUUGACAUUCCUUCAACCAGUAGAAGGUUAGCUCUACAUCAAUCCAUUGAUAAUUCUGUAAGCCGAUUAGCCAUAAAAAAUGACCUCGAUGAUAAUGUGCAAAGUAUAGAUGGGUUAGAGAAACUGAAAGAUCUUAGAACCUUCUAUUUAAGAGCACAUCCUAACAUUUGCUUCAAAAAAAGUACAUUUAACUUUGAGAAGUCAAAAUGCUUGAGGAUAUUUAUGGUAGAAGGUUGUAUUUUUGAAGGGGGGCAGUUACCAAACAAGGUGGGUAAACUAAUUCAUUUAAGAUACUUGAGUUUGUUACUCUCUUGUGUGAGUAAGUUACCAAGGUCUAUAUGGAGCCUGCCAUACCUGCAGAUCUUAGAUUUGCGAGUAACAUUAUUCAAAGCUUUUAGAUUGCCAAAUGUGAUUUGGAAGAUGAAAAGACUAAAGCAUCUGUUUCUUCCCUAUUUUGGUAUAGAAGUGAUUGGAGGGGGGAAACUAAGACUAGAUGGGCUAGAGGAGUUGGAGACAUUAGUUUACAUCAAUAGUGAGACUUGUUGCAUUGAAGAUAUCCCCAAAUUGGUCAAUCUGCAGAGUCUAGAUGUUAUUGUUCAUGAUGUGGAAAGCAUGCCAAUGGUGUUCAGCAACAAAAAUAGCCAAUUACGUGAGACUCGACUUUUGGCUAAUGCAUGCGAUUUAAGUUCGGAGAAAGAUAGAGAGAUUUUAAAUGGUGGGUUGAUGUCUUCUUCGUUGGUUAAUUUAUGUUUGUGGCAAUGCAAUAUGAGUGAUUGUUUUCCAUGCUACAAACAAGGGAUGUGCCAGAAUUUAGUAAAGUUGACCCUUACAAGAUGCAAGGGUAAGGUAGACGUGAUGAAGUUUGCCGAGUAUCCCAUGUUGCAAACUCUGUCUUUGGAACAAGUCGAGAUGACAGAAACAUUGAUUUGCCAUUCAAAUUCAUUUCGACGACUCAAGGAGCUUAAUCUCGAGUAUUUGGACGAUUUAAAGAAAUGGGAAGUGAAAGACAGAGCUAUGCCAAAACUUAUAUCCUUGAAGAUCGUAGAAUGCCCCAAUUUGGAGAAGGUUCCAGAUGGUUUGAGAUUCAUCUCCACUCUUCGUAAGAUGAAAAUCGAAAAUAUGCCAAGAGAAUUCAUGGAAACAGUAAAAGAAGAACAUUAUGCGGCAUCAGUCAAGAUUGAGAAGAUUCUGAGUUCUUUUCCAUUUCUAGAUCUCCAUCGGGAACUAGAUCUCCCUCGGGAAGAUGACUGUUCUUUUCCAGAUCUAGAUAGCCCUUGGGAAGAUGACAGUUCUCAAGGUUGCUGCGUAUGGUAGCGCGAAACAUUGUCGAGACAAAGCUACUGAAGGGGAGACUCAAGCCGCAGCUGCAACGCCACGUCCAAGCCGCCCACGACGCAACUUCAUCCAUCCCACCACGUCAACUUCAAGAUCAUGUGUAAUUUUCUUAUUUAUAGUUUAUUUAAUUAGAUUGCAAUUGAGUCGAGCUACACCAAUAAGCUCCGUCCGGGUUUUCUUUGUCGGUUCUUUCCCGGAUCGUAUUAAUAGAGUCGAACCGCACGUAGGGUUUAGAUUAUUAUUAAAGGGUGCUUGUGAGUUACUUUGAUCGCUUAUGAAACAUAAUACUAUCACUUUCUCUAUUCCUAAUAUAUCUCUCUAAGCUUCUUUUUCU